UUCAACUCACUAUGUUAAUGCGAUCCUCAUACCCCGCAUUGAGCAUCCUCUUCCAUAUCUCUCUCCCAAUGGCCAACCAGACCUCUUAUUACUAUUUCGCUCCGACUUGGGAUUUCCCCCCCAAUGGCCCUAUCAAGCUUGGAAAUGUUCUCAUGUCGGUGAAAAAGCCUGAGCGGCCAUUAUAUAUCGCCCCACCACCGAAUGCUACCGAUUUGAUCACGACAGAAAGGAGUCAGGUGGAAUUCUCCAGGGAAAAGCUAAAGGCCAAAAACUUUUCCAUCUUGACACGCUUCAUCAAAUUUAUUGGCUUAGGGAUCGAUGUAGCUGCAAGCUGGGACACUGCGUAUAAUGCUUUCUGUCCUAAAGACAAGGCUGCUCAAGCAUAGAACUAACUAUCCAAUGCAGCAACGAGGAAACUUAUAUGUUCAAUCGUCUCGAAACCACAUUCUUCAUUCCGACUUUACCUUGGCUUGAACAAUGCCUCGCCAAUCCUCUCGUGAAGCGCUAUCUUGAAAAGAGCCGCUACCGAAAACCUGUAUAUAUCAUCACUGGCCUUAAAACGGUUACUGGUGCUGCCGUCAAGACCAACAAUUACUCUGCCUCCGCCAAUAAGGUUGGCAUCGAGGCAGAAAUACCAGGUAGCGAAGGAAUUUUACCAUGGACUACCAAGCCUGGGAUAGCUACAAAGCAACAAGUAAAGGACAAUGUGAGCUGGGAAGAUCGCGGCGACUUUAUCUUUGCGUAUAGGGUGAGCAAGGUGUGGAUUAAGAAGGGUUCCAUACUAGAAGACGAUUAUACGCGGGGUGCAAUGUUCGCAAACCAUGUGACAACUGCGGUGAAUCCCGUGAUGAAUAUUGGGCUAGAAGUUGAAAAGGUGGAAGAGGCAGAUCCGGCGGAAGAGGGAUUUUUAAAAGAAGAGAUAAUGGAUGGCGAUGAGAGAAUUAUUAUUGCAAUGCCAGAAAGAGCAGACUGUCGAUCGGCUUGACAUAUCAAAAUUAGGAAACCAAAAAGAAGAGCAAAUGCAUUUCUAGUAUUUUUUUUAUGCAAUGUUAUUGUGUCAAGGUUCAAUU